AUGCCAGUAAAAACACAAAUAGAAGAGAGAAAAAAGCCUAUUGUAUCUCUCAGAGCACCGCCCACGGCAAUGCAGUUGCACAACAGCAAGCUCACUAUCGCACACAAAUCAGGCGAAAUAGUAACAAUUGACACAGAGACAAAAGAAAGAAAAGUUCUGGCGAAAGAGAAAGUAUCAGUAACAGCAGUAUGCCAGACACAAGACAUCCUCCUAGUGGGCACGAGAAAAGGAGAGGUUAAAUCUCUGAUAAACAAAAGCCUAAAAAGAAUCUCAAAAAGACACAGAUCUCUGAUCGUAUCAAUCGAUGCCAUAGAAACAGAAACAGGCGAAGUGGAAAUAAUCACUGCCUCAGCAGACCACAGAGUGCACAUAUGGAAGCUGGACAUCACUGAAAACAAAGGAAAGAAAGUGGCGCAUCUCCUUUUUCUGAAGACUCUCUACGGCCCAAAUACGCCCAUCACUUCCUCAUCUCUCUCGCAGGACAAAAAGCUGUUUCUCUGCACUGCAGAACUCGCAGAGACAGUCAGAGUGUUCAGGCUUGAGAAAGACACCCAGCUGCUAUUCCAUCUCCAGAAGGGAGAGUAUGCACUUGCUGCGCUCUUCAUAAAGAACAACCAAUUUGUUGUCGUCUCCAGCACAAAUACCGUUUAUCUUUUCUCCACCGAUCAGUCAGAGCCAAUUCAAUCACUUUAUCUAGAGACAGAGAAUUCCUCUGAGUGUGCAGUAUCUUCACUGAAGCUCCUGUCUGAUAGCACAUUUGCAGUCGGUCUUACCAACGGUCAUAUUUUUAUUUUAGACUUUUCGCAAUCAAUUUCUGUCAAAGAUUCUAUGUCCGUAGAUGCCAUCCCCAAUGACAUAGUCAGCACAGGCAGCACGCUCUACAUAGCUGGAGGAAAGGAAGAGAAGCACACCCGCUUCUUCAUCAAUAAGACAGCCUCCAACGGACUGUUCACAAACACGUGCUAA